CUUGGCUUUGAUCUUUGAUCUGUCUUUGAUACUUGAUCUUGGCUUUGAUCUUUGAUAUUGAUCCGCAAUCGAUAUGGGCAGAGCGCCGCUGGCCACAAGAUGGUGUCUGAGCAGCAACACUCCCGGACUGGAUCUCAGCGAGCCUGUCCGCCUCGUUGUCGUUGUGGCUCUUGCUUCUGUCUCUGCUUUGAUAUAUCCUGCUUUUGCUUUGAUAUAUCCUGCUUUUGCUUUGAUAUAUCCUGCUGUUGCUUUGAUAUAUCUUGCUUCUGCCUUUCCCGCUUUCUUCGCACCCGCUAUACGACCCCUUGUCGAUCCGGACUCUGAGCCCUCAUCUCGGCUGUUCGUUUGCAAACUUGGGAAGAGCAAAUAUCUCGGCCUGGUCUCAGCGACCCACUAUCCCCUGCUACCGUGGUGUACCAUGGUCGCUGCCGGGGGAUCGUAUCGCGCUGAUAGAGAUGAUAGCUUAUUAUGUCCGCCACGAUCUCGUCAUUUGGAUAUUCAUCAAUGGGCAGUGGCGGCCCUGAGCGCUACGGCGAUGAUGAUGAUGAUGAUGAUGAUGAUGAUGAUGAUGAUGAUGGCGCAGUGUGCGAGCCCGCCAUCGAUAUGAGUGAAUGCGACUCUGUCUUGACGACGGACGGCCUCCGCGGAAACCCGCUCGGCUUCGUUCGUGCUUUCCAGAUCAGCGACAGAUGCAGCUAAUAUAUCGCUCGUGUGUUUCGAGAGCGCUGAUAGACAUGGACCAUGGACAUACACACCGCCUCAGCCGGGAAAGUGCUGCAACAUCCGAAAUAACAUUUGGAAUGACGUUCGCAGAGCACCGCAGCGAUGGAGAUUGGAGAGCGGCUGUCGUCGUCCGGAGGGGCUGUCGUCGCCCGGCGUCCAACACCCACUGGCCUUGAGCAGAACCAGCCGUCGUCAGA